GAGACACACACACACACACACACACACACAUUGCUGUGCCACCAGGACUGGGUGAAAUCUAGUCAAAGCCAGGAGAAGUCUCUAGUCUUGGUCCAUAUCUGACUACAGCUGAAGGUACCAAUUAUGCAGAGUGACUUGUGGAGGUAGGGGAUGGGUACAGGUAGACUCUCCCUUUGAGAAGCCCAGCUUAUAAAAACUACAGAUCACAAAACAGAUUUGACAUGAUUGUUCUGUUUAUUAAAUUAGUUACUAUUUGUCAUAGGGCUCCUAGAAGUUUUCCAAAGUGAAUUGGUACGUGGCUUGAUCUCUGACCUUGGGCUGCAUAAACAGGAACAUGGUGCUAAAAUCAAGGGAGAAAAGAGUCCCCUGCAUGAUGCACACAGGCAACUCCAACUAGAGAAGGGGCACCUUGUUUUAACAGGACAUUGACGACUGGGAGGGCAUCUACAUCAGGACAACUAAGCUCUUCCCAGGAAUAUAGUUUCCAAAGCAAUAAUAGAGAGCAUCUCUUUCACCAGUGUCACGCCUUGGACAAGGAACCCUGUAAGAUAAGAACUGUUCAUGUCUCCAUUUCACCAGGAGGGAACUGAGGCUUGGGAGGUGAAAAGUUCACACAGGUAGAAAUGACAGAGAAUUUCAACCAGGUCUGAUUCCUACUCCCUCAGGCACCUUGAGAGCGAUCUACUCAGCCUCAGACUCCAGGACCUUGCAUUUUGCAACGGUCAUCAGUCUCGGGAGCGCUCACCACAGCUCCAGCCUGGGCAGAGCCAGUGGCUGACAUCACAGACUCUGGAACCUGACUGGUGGAUUUGGAAUUCCUGCUCUACUGUUGACCACAUACGUGACUUUGAGGGUUUCUUAGCCUUGUGAUGCCUCAUCUUCCUCAUCUGUAAAAUGGGGAUGGUGAUAGUAUUUACCUCAGAAGGCUAUUGUGAUGGUUAAUGAGAUUGUGUUUGACAGUCACAGUGCCUAGCGCAUGGUAAGUGCUGACAAAUUGUCAGCCAGUAUUACUACUCCCAUUUUGCAGCUGAGAAAACUGAAGUUCCAGAAAGACAAGGCAGCCUAUCCAGAGGCUGGAGGCUAGCUAUUGUUCAUCAGACUGCUGCUUAUGAGAGGUGCCCAAUUAGCCCAAGCCCUCGACUCAAGGGUGAGGCUUGACUUUGCUGCCACUGUCCUUUCUCCCACCCUAGAACCAGAGGUCAAGCCUCCACCCACCCAUGGAGCUUCACUGGGGCCUCCCUCUCCUUCUGGUUCUUGGUUUCCACAGCUGUCAAUAAACAUGGACUGAAGCUGCAUCUUCGAAACCCCCACUCCUUCACCCCCAUGUGGGAAGAGGGCACAGAGGGCAAGGUGCCCAGGUCCCUUCUGCUGGGCACAGACAUGGCAGAAAACCAGAAGCAGAUCGCCCAGUUCUCACAGAAGGAUGCCCAGGGUCACCACGAGUUAAAGCCAACUCAACCGCAGCUAACAACAAAGGUUUACACAAUCCAUCUAUGCUGCUUUUUGGUGUUUUCACCGAAUGCUGGGCACAACCUACAGAACCACAGACAUGUAUCUCUCUUCAACCAGAAGUUUCCAAACCUGGCUGAGGAUCGGAAUCACCUGGAGAGCUUUGCCUUUUUCAGCUGCUUCUCAGGUGGCCCUUCCAUCACCCAUAAUCUUUCUGACCACCCCGGACGCACACAGACCCUAGAACCAGGAGUAACAGCAGAGGCCUUUCCCAGAUAUGAAGAGUUCAUGAAUCGCUUGGUGUCAGCCAUUGACCCCCUGCUGGAUGUAGCCCCAGUGGAUGUGGCAGCUUUCCAGCAUGGCUCCUUGCUUAAAAGGCUCAAGUCACUCUUCACCCUCAAGCCGCUGCUGCAGGCAGGCCUCACCCUGGGAGCCCAGCUUCCCCAGUAUUACCAGGUCCUUACGGCACCCAUUACCAAGGUGCUAGAUCAGUGGUUUGAGUCCGAGCCUCUAAAAGCCACUCUGGCAACAGAUGCUGUGAUUGGAGCCAUGACCAGCCCUCGCACUCCAGGGAGUGGGUAUGUGUUGCUGCAUCACGUGAUGGGGAGCCUAGAAGGGAUGCCGGGGGCCUGGGGCUAUGUCCAGGGCGGCAUGGGUGCCAUCUCUGAUGCCAUCGCAAACUCAGCCACAGCUCACGGAGCAAAUAUCUUCACUGAAAAGACAGUGGCCAAGGUGCAGGUGAGCAGUGGAGGCUGCGUCCAAGGAGUCGUGCUGCAGGACGGCACGGAGGUGAGGAGCAAAGUGGUGCUGUCCAACGCAUCACCUCAGAUCACCUUCCUGAAGCUGACGCCACAGGAAUGGCUUCCUGAAGAGUUUGUGGGGAGAAUCUCUCAACUGGACACCCAGUCACCUGUUACCAAGAUCAACGUGGCUGUAGACAAGCUGCCCAACUUCCUGGCUGCGCCCAACGCUCCUGGAGACCAGCCGCUGCCCCAUCACCAGUGUUCCAUCCACCUCAACUGUGAAGACACCUGCCUCCUCCAUCAGGCCUUUGAAGAUGCCAUGGAUGGCCUCCAUUCCCACAGGCCUAUCAUUGAGUUCUGCAUCCCCUCCUCGUUGGACCCCACCCUGGCUCCUCCUGGCUGUCAUGUUGUCUCCCUCUUCACUCAGUACACUCCCUACACACUGGCUGGAGGCAAGGGCUGGGAGGAACAGGAGAAAAAUGCUUAUGCAGACAAAGUGUUUGACUGCAUUGAGGCUUAUGCCCCUGGCUUCAAGGGCUCUGUGGUGGGCAGAGACAUCCUCACACCACCUGAUUUGGAGAGAAUCUUUGGGCUUCCUGGAGGGAACAUCUUUCACUGCGCCAUGUCCCUGGACCAGCUCUACUUCGCCCGCCCCUUGCCCCUGCACUCCAGCUACCGGAGCCCCGUCCCCGGCCUGUAUCUCUGUGGAAGUGGGGCCCAUCCCGGAGGAGGUGUCAUGGGAGCAGCUGGACGGAAUGCAGCCCAUGUAGUCUUUGGGGACCUCAAGAGUAUGUGACUCUGAGCCAACUCUGACCCAGGAAGAAGUUGUUCUGAUUCAUCCUUAAGCUUUUAAGUCCCCGCAUUGGGUCAGCUUCCCAGAAAGCUCUGCUCUAAAGAAUAUUACUUAAAGGAGCCAAGUCCUGAAAUCACAAGUCAACGUUUUAGAAGAAAUACACAAGUUAACACAACCAUGUGCCCCAUGCCUCCAUGAGUGAACUGCUUUCAUUUUAUUAAAAAUAACAUUUUAUACAGAUAGUUUGCAUGUU